AUGAACGAGGACAAUGAGUCGUAUACCACAUUCCGAAUCGAGCAGGGGAACUUUUGCUAUAGGGUCAUGCCCUUUGGACAGAAGAACGCAGGAGCAACCUAUCAGAGGAUGGUUAAUGUUGUAUUUAAGGACCAGAUCGGUAGAAAUAUGGAAGUUUACAUUGACGACAUGUUGGUCAAAAGUAGAAGAGUCGAGCAUCAUAUUACCGACCUCGUCGAAGUUUUUCAGAUCUUUACACAGACCGGGGGAGAUCUUGUGUUUAAGAGCUUUUGCUGCUCGGGCUUUAAGACAAUGAUCCAGAAUAUGCCUGAAAACAAAAUUAAUUAUGUUUCCAAGUGUAUCAGCGCUUUUGAAAUUGUUGAUAAAAGCUGGCUGAUCAGCAUGGAUGAAGUGGUUGGCUAUGGUAGCUGCUUCGGCUUCAUCGGUGAUGAGAGCCGAUUCCUGAACUGUGUAACGGGACGCUGGUUGGAGGUGCCAAAUCUGAUAUGGCUGGAAGAAGCGUUCUCUAUGUUGCCAUCCCAAAGUACUGGUAAUGGUGAAUUCGAGGCCACCUGA